AUGUUGUGCUGUCUUUGCACUUUAUUAUGUAUUGCAUCUUUAUAUAUUUAAUAUAUCUACCCAACAUAUUAGGUAGUAUUAGCUUUCUAAAACAAAUAAGAAGACUUACAAAAAUGGUUAAGUGUUUGGACUUAUAUUGGAAUGUUAUUAUUUGUAGAAAGUUAUUUAUGUUUCAUCCCAUUGAUACCUGGAUAUUGGUUAGUAAGAACAUUAGUUAUAUUAUGGUUUUAUCAUGAUGAAUAUAAUGGAUCUUAAUAUUUAUAUGAAAAGUUCAUUUCUAAAAACGUUCCUUAAAUUCAAAAAUUACUUGAUCAUGUGAAAUUUAUGAAAAUCUAACUUAAUGAUAAUUGAUGACAAAAUAAUUAAGAAAAAAUAAAUAAAGAUAUAAUUUGAGAAAUAAAUAUAUUAAUUAUAUAGAUUUUUUUUUAUUUAUUAAUUAAAAUUUAUAAGAUAUU